AUGGACCACGGCACGCACGGUGCCUCUGGUGCGCAAACUGCCCAAAAUGCAUUCACGGCUCAGAGUGCCCCCCAAGCGAAAUUUUACAAAGAUAACCAGUAUCCGAAGCGCAUUCGCGCGAAUGAGACUAGUACCGGUAUCGACAAGAACGACCACCUCCACAUAGUCAUACGGAUGAUGGAUCAGCUCUGGGUAUCUGAAGAUCCAACGCAAUACAUCAAAGACUUGUAUUCCGCCGCUUACAAUGAUCACCAAUCCCUCAAGUGA